UGGUGUUCGGCGCGCAGACGAUGGAGAACGCGCCGACGAUCGUCGCCCGCCGGCCCAUGACCGCUAGCACCAUCGCGCGCACACCACUACCCACCAGCGUUACGCGGCCCGAGUCGGCCUGCUUCUCCAAGCUCCGGCGGCACAUGACGCUGGCACGGGCGGCCGAGCACCAAGCGGCGUCCCAAGCCUACUUGCGGCGGUCGGCCGCCAAGAAGAAGCUCGAUGACAUGGCGUUUGCCGAGCAGCUACACCUCGAGCACGAGCAGAUCAAGGACCGGCUUAUCACCAAGAUUGAGCAAGCCAACGCGCGGACCAAGUACCUCGGCACGGACCGCAUCUAUUCGCUUGUGCAGGAUCCCCAUGGGCAGUAUGCGAUUGGCUCGCAGCGAAGUGGCGACGCCCGCUUCAGCGUCCUGGACCUCGACGUCUUUGAACGGGAGUAUCGGCGGCUCGUAACCACGACGCGCAUGGAAGCCUCGGGCAGUUGCAACGACUUGGGUGCAUUGCGCCGCCACGUACCGCAACAGCCCGAUCAAGUGCGCAAGUCGCUGGUGCAAAUCAUGAACGCCACGACGCAGCUCGCCGAAGCGCUCGACGAGCAGCUCCUCGAGAUGCAGCGCAAGGGCUGGAACACGUCGGCCGUGGGCCACCACGCUUAGUCGACGAGUCGUCUCAUUUGCAUACACUGUGUACAAUUGGUCGGCUG